UGCUAUAUUUGUUUGAAUUCAAUAAUUUGCAGACAUAAAAACAAUCUGAAUAUGGAGAAAGAAGCUACAUACAUUUGUGAUAAGUGCAAAGAAAAUGCAGAUGCUAGUGAAAAUAAAUCAAAAAAUUAUGAAUGGGUGUUUUUAUUAGAAUCCUCAUUCCUGUGUGCUAAAUGUUCAAAAGACUUUCACAUAGGAUUCAGAGUUACGGAUAAGAUAUCAUUCCUUGAUGCAUCAAAAAAUUCAGCGCAUGAAUUAGUUGCCAAGCCGAGUGAAAGUGUGAAUGCCGAUGAAGGUUCCAGAAAUGAAGACAGAAUUCAAGAAAGCCAGCCAGUCGAAUCAAAGGAAAAACCACACAAAUGUGAUGUUUGCCUUCGAACAUACAAAACCAGAUCAGGUCUUCUAAGCCAUAAGAAUGUACACAAUGAGGAGAAUCCUUUUAGAUGCGAGUUGUGUGAUAUGCAAUUUCCAUCUAAAGCAGAUUACAAAGAACAUUUAAACAAACAUUCCAAUGAAAAACGUUAUAAAUGCAGUUUUUGUGCUUCGGCCUUUAAAUUUAAAAAAAGUCUUAAGGCCCACAUGAAUAUGCACGAUGACAAGAAUCCUUUCACGUGUGAAUUGUGUAAAAAGAUAUGUGUUUCUAAACACAAACUUGAACGUCACUUGUCCAGUCAUUCGAAUGAAAGACCUUUCAAGUGCUCUUUAUGUACUUCGAUGUUUAAAACUAAAAAUAACCUUACUACGCAUAUGAACGUACAUAAAGAUCAGAAUCUUUUCAGGUGUGAAUUGUGCACCAAGAGUUGCGCUACUAAACAAGCACUUGAAUGCCACAUGUCCAGUCAUUCGAAUGAAAGACGUUAUAAGUGUGGACAAUGUUCUUCGAAGUUUAAAACUAAAGGUAGUCUUAUUGUGCAUAAGUACGUACAUAAAAAGCAGAAUCCUUACCGGUGUAAAGAGUGCAAUAGGAACUGCUGUUCUACAACCAGUCUCAAACAGCACAUGGCGUCUCAUUCCGAUGCAAGGCCUUACAAGUGUCAUAUUUGUUCUUUGUCCUACAAAGCAAAAUCUAAUCUCACCGUUCACAUGAAGAAGAAACAUCAAGAGGAUAAUUUGGAAUAAAAAGAGAAAAGCUGCAAAAACUGUUUUUUCCCCCAUGAUUAGAGUUCAGUUUUUGUAUCAAGUAAAAAAACACUCCUUGAAAGAUGUUUUUAGCAGAAAAGUGAGUUUAAUUUGACAAGUUGUUAUACAUCGUGACUUUUUUGACGGAAGUGAUGACCUUUCCUGAAAUCGGCUCAAUGA